AUGGGGCAAAACAGGGGGAAAUCGUCAACCGAUUUGGUGUGUUCUUACCAGCCAGCUUGGAAAAAUUAUCUUGCAAGAGAUGGCUUGCAUUUAAAUAAAUGGGCAUUUGUUUUUUCUGCUUGGCCAAAGCAAGAGUCUGCCAGGCCAGUUUCUAGGCCCGUGCAACCUAUUAGGCCAAAGCAAGAAUCUGCCAGGCCAGUUUCUAGGCCCGUGCAACCUGCAAGGCCAAAGCUAGAGUCUGUCAAGCCAGUUUCUAAGCCCGUGCAACCUUCUCGGCCAAAGCAAGAGUCUGCCGAGCCAGUUUCUAGGCCCAUGCAACCUGCUAGGCCAAAGCAAGAGUCUGCCAGUCCAGUUUCUAAGCCCGUGCAACCUUCUCGGCCAAAGCAAGAGUCUGCCAGGCCAGUUUCUGGGCCCGUGCAACCUUCUCGGCCAAAGCAAGAGUCUGCCAGGCCAGUUUCUAGGCCCGUGCAACCUUCUCGGCCAAAGCAAGAGUCUGCCAAGCCAGUUUCUAGGCCCGUGCAACCUUCUCGGCCAAAUCAAGAGUCUGCCAGGCCAGUUUCUGGGCCCGUGCAACCUUCUCGGCCAAAGCAAGAGUCUGCCAGGCCAGUUUCUAGGCCCGUGCAAUCUUCUCAGCCAAAGAAAGAGUCUGCCAAGCCAGUUUCUAGGCCCGUGCAACCUUCUCGGCCAAAUCAAGAGUCUGCAGAGCCAGUUUCUAGGCCCGUGCAACUUGCUAGGCCAAAGAAUGUGUCUACGAGGCUAAUUUCUGCACCCAUGCAACAGUCAGCUGCUCUGCUCACGAAAGAUAUUUCUUCUAUGCCAUCUUCUAAAGUAUCUGGUAUGCAUGGAGUUGUCAGUCAUAAAAAUGAUCCUGCUCCUGUCGUACCUCAGGUGUAUGUUGCUCCCAAUCAAAAAAAUUCUCCCACAGAUUAA